AAAUUGACACCUUAUAUUUUGUCUUUUGCAGGUUGGGUGGUCCAGACCCAUUGGAUUAUGUUAGCAUGUACAGGAAUAUGGGGAGUCCUUCUGCCAACAUCCCCGAGCACUGGCACUACAUCAGCUUUGGCCUGAGCGACCUCUAUGGUGACAGCAGAGUCCAUGAGUUUACAGGAACAGACGGACCGAGUGGUUUUGGCUUUGAAUUGACAUUUCGUCUGAAGAGAGAAACAGGGGAGUCUGCCCCACCAACAUGGCCAGCGGAGCUGAUGCAGGGCCUGGCUCGAUAUGUCUUCCAGUCAGGGCCAUAUCAGCCUUACAGUUGCAGAAGACAACAUCGAGAAGAGAACACCUUCUGUAGCGGGGACCAUGUGUCUUGGCACAGCCCUUUGGAUAACAGUGAGUCAAGAAUUCAGCACAUGCUGCUGACGGAAGACCCACAGAUGCAGCCUGUGCAGACCCCUUUUGGGGUAGUUACCUUCCUGCAGAUCGUCGGUGUCUGCACUGAGGAGCUACACUCGGCCCAGCAGUGGAAUGGGCAGGGCAUCCUGGAACUGCUGAGAACAGUGCCUGUUGCCGGUGGUCCCUGGCUGAUAACUGACAUGCGGAGGGGAGAAACCAUAUUUGAGAUCGAUCCACACCUGCAACAGGAGAGAGUUGACAAAGGCAUCGAGACAGAUGGUUCUAACCUGAGCGGUGUCAGUGCCAAGUGUGCCUGGGAUGACCUCAGCCGACCUCCCGAGGACGAUGAGGAUAGCCGGAGCAUCUGCAUCGGCACACAGCCCCGGAGGCUCUCUGGCAAAGACACAGAGCAGAUCCGGGAGACCCUGAGACGAGGGCUCGAGAUCAACAGCAAACCUGUCCUUCCACCAAUCAACCCUCAGCGACAGAAUGGCCUCACCCAUGAUCGGCCCCCGUAAGUGUUGUGUUGCAGGGCUAGGACAAGAGGAUGGUAUUUUUCCUGAGGGGUCAAACCUGGGGAUUGCAUGAGAGAGAACAAUGCACAUGGCUCUAGCUGAAGGGACCCAGGGUCUCUGGGUUUAAGGGCAGCUCCGGUCCAGGGCACAAAGACCUGUGGAUUGUAGGAAAGGACCUCAAAGGGGACUCUGCAGACCGUGAGUAUAAACAGCAGUAAAUAUUUACAUGGGCUGUGUAACAGAAGAGAGCCCAGGUCAGGGCAAAUCUGACUGGGGGCCUCUCAGCCUUGUGGGAGCCCAUUGUGCUCAGCCGGUCCCUCCUUAUCUCCCCCUCCGUCAGAGUUGCCCUUC